CACGAAAUUCCGAAUUAUUCAUAAAUAACCAGUUUACUACUGCUCGCUGACUGGCUGUUUUGGUAGGGAGAAGGAGAGUGAUUGUUUAGGGUUUGGGGGAGAAGUGGGUAAUUCAUAUUCAUUCAGCGCCUCUGCCCAAUACAAGCGUGGGUAGAGAGAGCUGUUCCAACAAUUCGAAGCUAAAUUCAUUCAAUUCGGAGAUUAGGAACAGAGAGGAGACAGAAUGGGUGUGAUUAAGGCAGCGAUCGGCGAUGCGGUGUUGACCUUUAUGUGGGUGUUCUCCGCCUCCACGCUCGGCGUCGGCACUUCCAUUCUCGCCGGGCUGAUUGGAAUUGACCAUCCAAUGGCCGGUCUCUCCGUCACCACCGUCCUUUUUUUCAUGCUCCUCUUCGUUUUUGGUGUCAUCAGUGACGCACUCGGUGGCGCCAGCUUUAACCCUACCGGUAUUGCUUCCUUUUAUGCUGCUGGCCUCGGCGAUGACUCUCUCAUCUCGGCCGCCGUCCGUUUUCCAGCUCAGGCUGCUGGUGCUGUUGGUGGUGCAAUGGCGAUUCUGGAAGUUAUCCCUCCACAUUACAAACACAUGAUUAUGGGACCUUCUCUGAAGGUUGACGUUCACACCGGAGCCAUUGCUGAGGGAGUCUUGACUUUCAUAAUGUCCUUUAUUGUUUUUCUUGUCAUCGUGAAGGGUCCUAAAAGUUCCUUUGUCAAGAAUUGGUUGCUUACCAUACCAACUGUUGUCCUAGUAAUUGCUGGUUCUAGCUAUACAGGACCUUCCAUGAAUCCUGCUAAUGCAUUCGGCUGGGCUUACAUAAAUAACUGGCACAAUACAUGGGAGCAGUUUUAUGUUUACUGGAUUUGCCCCUUCAUUGGAGCAAUAUUGGCGGCGUGGAUGUUCCGAGCUAUAUUUCCACCGUCGGUGAAGCCAAAGAAGCAGCCAAAGGCGAAGAAGAACUAAAAAGACAGUUCAAUAGAUUGAUUGUCCUGGUUUUAGAUCGUUGCUAUAUAGUUAUGAUAGCUAAGUGGACGUCUAGUAAAUGGACGUUAUGUUUUAGAUUGAUUCAUAUAAGUAGAUUGAACUGGAAUUUUUAUAUCCAAUAAAUAUCCUUCCCAUUUGUAAUGCUUUGAUAAUCAUUGAUAUGGAGUAGUAAUGGUUCAUUAGCCUUGUUUUGCA